AUGGACGCCAACUCGUCAAGGUCGUCCGGCCCGGCCUCUGCCGGCGACGUUGGCGUUGACCCGAACGCCCCUGCCGAAGGCGACUGGCGCGCCCAGCUCCAGCCCGCGGCGCGCGGCAGGAUCGUCAAUAAGAUAAUGGUAACUCUGAAGAAGCAUCUGCCAGUAUCAGUGCCAGAGGGGUUGAUCGAACUUCAGAAAAUCGCUGUACGAUUCGAAGACAGGAUCUAUAAGGAAGCGACAAACCAGUCUGAUUAUUUGCGGAAGAUCUCUCUCAAAAUGCUCUCCAUGGAGACGAAGACACAGCAGGCUCCGGGAAAUGCUCAAGUGAUUCCAAAUCAAAACAACCCUGCUGGUCAAGAUAAUCAAAAUAGAGCACGGUGGACUGAUGAUCAAACAAAGAUGCUCGUUUCUAUGAUGAAAGAGUAUGCUGAUGCGUCACAAUAUCAUGGUCCAAAUGGAUGGACGAAGGAAGGAUGGAAUUUCAUGGCAGCACACGUCAAUAAAGAGUUCACUAGCUCCAAUCUCACAGUUAAACAAGUAAAAUGUAGAGCGCAAAGGUUAAAGACAGAUUACGCUAUUGUCAAGUCCAUUUUAGAUAGAAGCGGAUUUGGUUGGGACCCUGAGAAGAAAGUACCAAAAUCCAUUGACGAAAAAUGGGAUGAACUGAGCCAAGGACAACGAAAGUGGAGGUUCAAAGAAUUCCCGUACUAUGAUGAUUUGAACAUAAUUUAUGAAGGUAAAGCAAUACAGGGAAGCGAUGCAAAAGGAUAA